AUGUCUUACUUAUUUUCUAAUUCUCAAUUUCAGAAAAGUGUCCAUAACCAACGCGAUGCUCAAGAACAUAUCUGGAAUUCAACCAAAGAUAUUGUAUGCAAAAAUGAGAAUAACAGUAUUAGCCAGCUUCCCAGUUACAAUAUUGGAAAAUUAUUAUCAAAUAAUCAUUUACAAAAUAAUAUAGCUAAUUAUUUAGCCUUAUUAAACCUUCAAAACCAACUUGAUCAACACAAACUUUAUAACAAACUAACUUCUGCUACACCUGGUAAUAACUCUAUGAUAGAGUGUCAAUAUGAUCACACAUUAUUAAAUUUUAAUGGGGAAAAAAGAAGACUCGAAUCAAUAUCUUCUGAUGAUUGUAUGAAGAAAGAUUAUCACGAAGAUAUCACGAAUCACCAAAACAAUGACGAAUAUGAAAUCAACAAGAAUUUGGGAAAUAAAAUGUUCUGUAUAUUUUGCAAAAACAAUGGCGAGCCUAUAAGUUGGUUUUCGACGCACAAACUUAAAAAUCAACAAGGUCAGAUUUUGUGCCCAGUAUUAAGAAAAUAUGUGUGUCCAGUUUGUCAAGCCAGUGGGGACAAAGCUCAUACUAUAACAUAUUGUCCCAAACGAAAGAAGGCAUCUCGUCAAUGGGCCAUUAUGAAAUCUUCUAGAAUUAACUAA